UCCGGACGAGAGCUAGUGUUCAUACAAGAAGAUGGCACCUUAAUUCUAGGAGAUUUCACACUAGAUCGCGAAGCUUUAAAACAAUUCGACGUAAUUGUGGAGGCCAUAGAUAAAAGUGGAAAUAAGGAUUCAACAACCGUACGAGUCACCGUCAAUGAUGUCAAUGACAAUGCUCCUGUCUUCAAAUUUGACAGUCUAGUUUGGAAUGUCACUGAAGGAUCAAGAAAUGAUACAUUGGAGAUUACCGCGUCAGACAGUGAUUCGGGAGAAAAUGGAGAGAUUCACUUUCAACUGGUCGGAGGAAAUCGACAACUGUUUCUGCUUGAAAAAACAUCACCUCAAAGCGCUCUCCUUAAGCUCAAUGGACCGCUUGAUCACGAAACUCAACCUAAAUAUGUACUUACCAUCGAAGCAAAGGAUGGAGGGCAUCCGCCGAUGUCGAGUACCGCUACUGUUACAGUAAACGUCCUCAAUCGCAAUGACAGCCCACCUAUUUUCAAGAAAGUCAACUACGAACAGGAGGUUUGUGUUAUCGUCUGGUAAUU